AUGCCACACAUCACUGAGAGUGUAUUUCUUUUUUCUUCUUUCUUUUUAAAUAUACACAAGCUCUCUCUCUAUCUCUCUCUCUCUCUCUAUCUCUCUCUCCCCUCCUCCUCCCACUUCUUCUUCUUCUUUGAUUUCUCUCGCUACAAGAUACGGGUCACGAGCCUCCCUUACUUCUUUUACUCUUCAUCCGAAUUCUCUCCUUCUACUACUCCUCUUCUAUUAUCCUCUUUUGUUCUUCUUUUUCACUCCUUCAUUCUUCUUUUAUUCCUCAAAUAUCUCCUCCGCCUACUUCUUUUUCAUCUUUAUUUUCCUCCUCUUUCCAUGCAUCGUUGUUAUUCCUCUUCCCUCUUCUCUUCUUCCUUUUGCGCCUUUAUUUUCAAAUGCCUCCGUCUUCCUUUAUCGCUUCGUGCUUGUCCACAUCUUUUUUCUUUCUUUCUUUUUCUUCCUCUCUUAGUCUUUUUCUCUCUCUUCAUCCUUGUCCUCUUCCACCUCAUCCUACUACUUCUCCUCAUAUCAUUUACUUUAUUACUUCCCUUCCUCUCUUUCUCCAUCUCUCUUUCGAAGUUGUUUUUAUUUUCUUUUUUCUUCUUCACUUCUUUUUUUCUCUUCUUUCCAUCCUCUUCAUCUUACUUUUCCUUCCUUCUCUCAUGUCUUCAGUUCUCUUUCUCCUCUUUUUUUCUCUUUCUCUUCCUUCUUCCUGGAAGCAUUUUGCUCUUUUCUCUCUCCUCUUUUUUCUUUCUCUCUCCACUUUCUUUUUCUCUCUUUUCUCUCUCUCUCUCUCUUUUUCUUCUCUUUCUCUCUCUUUUCUUCUCUCUCUCUUUUUCCUCUUUCUCUCUCUCGCUCUUUUUCUUCUCUUUCUGUCUCUAUCUCUUUUUCUCUUUCUGUCUCUCUCUUUUUCCUCUUUCUGUCUCUCUCUUUUCCCCUCUCUCUCUCUUUUCCCCUCUCUCUCUUUUCCUCUUUCUCUCUCUCUCACUCUCUUUCUUUUUUCCUCUCUCUCUCUCUCUCUUUUCCUCUCUCUCUCUUUUCCUCUCUCUCUUUUAUUCCUCUUUCUCUCUCUCUCUUGGUUACAUAUUUUCCACCCUAGAGUCCGAAAGUCACGCGCCCAAAUGGGCGAACCGAUUAUUACUCUCAACCGAAUCACGUGACACAUAUCUCUCGUACUCCCUCGCACUCUCUCGUUCUCUUUCUCGCACUCUCUCGUACUCUCUCUCUCUCUCUCUCGCGAGCUCAUUCUCUCGUACUCUUUCUUUCUCUCGUUCUCUCUCUCUCUUUCUUUCUCUCGUUCUCUCUCUCUCUUUCGCCCUCUCUCGUUCUCUCUCUCGUACUCUUUCUCUCUCUCUCUCUCUCGCACUCUCUCGUACUCUUUCUUUCUCUCGCUCACGCGCGCACUCUCUCGUACUCUUUCUUUGUUUUCUCUCUCUCUCUCGUACUCUUUCUCUCUCUCGUACUCUUUCUCUCACUCUCUUGCACUCUCUUUCUCUCACUCUCGCUCUUUUACACUCUCUCUCUCUCUCUCGCACACUCUUUCUCUCUCUUGCACACUUUCUCACUCUCUCUCUUGCGCGCACUCACUCUCUCUCCCACGCACUUUUUCUCUCUCUCGCACUUUUUCUCACACAGAACAGCUAA